AUGCGUGAGCGCUGUGCUGAGGUGGAGAGCGGGCGCCGGCAGCAACGCCGACGCCGACCUGCCAACCCCCCGCGCCUGCUGGACAUGAACGACGUGGCGCUGGAGAGCGGCGAGCUGGACGACUACCACAGCCGACGCCACCGCCACCGCCGCGGCCGCAUUCUGGACGCACAGGAGGUGCUGAUGGAUACUGCUGGCGAGGUGCACGAGCAGCAGGGUGAGACUAAGCUGCUGCCCAGGUCGCGCCACGUUGCGGCUCUGCGCCACAGCGACCCAUACUACCAAGAGCUGGUGGCGCUGCGCGACUCGCUAGUGAAGGAGGACGAGGCCGUCAACGCGGACGGCAUUCGGUGUGUGGAGGAGCAGAUGAAGGACCGCGUGGCGCAGCUGAGGAGCGACGCGGCGCGCGCUCGGGCGGCGGAGAUGCGCGCGGAGGUGGCGCUGCAGGCACGCUACCCCUUCCUCGGCCCCACCGUGACGGGGGAGAUGCUCACGGUGGUUGGACUGGAGGACGACGCCGUGUUCGUGGGUCUGGCGACCGAACACGCGGCACUGAAGGCGACGCCAACGACGCCGCGGCCGGCGCUGGCGUGUGUGGAGCAGAGGAUGCGUGCGCGCGCGAGCGAGCUGGUGGCGGAGCACGCGCGCGAGGAGGAAGCGCUGCGUGAGAGGCUGCCGUUUGUGGGGGUGCUGCCUGGCGGCGUGAUGCUGCGCGAGCUGGACAUGGCCAACGACCCGGACGUGAAGCCGCUGCUGGCGCAGCUGGAGGAGCUGGCCAAGGACCCGGCGACGGCGGAGGGGCCGGAGGCGAGGCGGCUGGAGAAGGCCAUCGGCGACCUGGCGCGUCGUGCUGCAGAGGGCGAGGCCGAACGCACGCGCCAUCGCCUAGUGGAUGCGGAGGGACUGCACGAGCGCUUCCCGUUCCUGCCGGAGGAGCCGGUGCCGGGUAUGCCGCUCGUGGAGGCAGGCGUGAUGGACGACCCUGAGUUCCGCACACUGGCGAACGUGCUGGUGGACCUGCGCCGGAGCCCGCAGACCAGCCCGCAGGCGCUGCGCGCCGCGGAGGAGGCGCUGGCGGGCCGUGCUGCCGAGGUGGCGGCGGCAAAGCUGCGCGCGACGGAGGAGGCGCAGGCGCGCUACCCGUUCCUGUCGAAGCGCGUGGCAGGCGUGCCGCUGAGCGAGCUGCCGCUGGUGCAGGACGAGCUGUUCCAGGCGCUGGUGGCGCAGCGCGCGCCGCUGCUGGGGAGCCCGCGCACAAACGCGGCAAAGCUGCACGCGGUGGAGACACGUGCCCACGACCGUGCGCGCCAGCUUGCAGAUGCCAAGAGCAAGCUGGACGGCCUGCGCGAUACCGCAGAUGACGAGGUACGUGCGCGCAACCCGUUCCUGCCGCACAGCGACGUGCGCGGCGUUCCGCUGCGCGAGCUGGGCCUGCCGCGGGACCCCGAGUACGCACAGCUGAUGGACCGCCGCCUGGCGCUGAAGGAGCGGCCGGUGGAGAAUGCGGCGGAGCUGACCACGGUGGAGGCGCACCUGAAGAGGCGCGCUACGGAGGUGGCGGAGGCGAAGCUCGUGGCGGAGGCGGAGCUGCGAGCCAAGUACCCAACUGUGGCGGCGGCGCCUGAGGGGGCAAUGCUGUCGUCGCUGGCGCUCACGCUGGACCCGUUGCUGGCGCAACUCGAGCAGGAGUGCGCGGCGCUUGCGGAGCAGCCGAAGCCGGACCGGGCGGCGGUGCGUGCCGCGGAGGCGGCGGCGGCAGCACGCGUGCAGGAGCUGGUAGACGAGGACGCAAAUGCCGAGGAAGAGGCGGCACAGGCGCGUGCGGCGGUGCUGAAGCGGUACCCGAUGUGCGCACGCGACGUGACGGAGGCGGUGGGGAAGGACGCCAUGCUCGCGUCACUGGCAGCGCUCCACGCGGGUCUACUCUCCGACCCUUCAGUCAACGGAACGCCGCUGGCCGACGUGGAGGCUCGCAUGCGUGAGCGCUGUGCUGAGGUGGAGAGCGGGCGCCGGCAGCAACGCCGACGCCGACCUGCCAACCCCCCGCGCCUGCUGGACAUGAACGACGUGGCGCUGGAGAGCGGCGAGCUGGACGACUACCACAGCCGACGCCACCGCCACCGCCGCGGCCGCAUUCUGGACGCACAGGAGGUGCUGAUGGAUACUGCUGGCGAGGUGCACGAGCAGCAGGGUGAGACUAAGCUGCUGCCCAGGUCGCGCCACGUUGCGGCUCUGCGCCACAGCGACCCAUACUACCAAGAGCUGGUGGCGCUGCGCGACUCGCUAGUGAAGGAGGACGAGGCCGUCAACGCGGACGGCAUUCGGUGUGUGGAGGAGCAGAUGAAGGACCGCGUGGCGCAGCUGAGGAGCGACGCGGCGCGCGCUCGGGCGGCGGAGAUGCGCGCGGGGGUGGCGCUGCAGGCACGCUACCCCUUCCUCGGCCCCACCGUGACGGGGGAGAUGCUCACGGUGGUUGGACUGGAGGACGACGCCGUGUUCGUGGGUCUGGCGACCGAACACGCGGCACUGAAGGCGACGCCAACGACGCCGCGGCCGGCGCUGGCGUGUGUGGAGCAGAGGAUGCGUGCGCGCGCGAGCGAGCUGGUGGCGGAGCUCCCUCCCCCAUCCCCUCGCUCCUCACGUCGUCAGACGCCUUCAUUAUCGACGCGCAGACACGAAAGAUAA